GUUCUGGCAAUUCCUGAGCUGGCCAAAUUGUAAUAGCCAUGCUGUUCCUUUGGACCCAUCAGUGACAUGGAGAGGAGGCACACACUGCAUGGGCAACAACCUGUCCCUCAUACUGGAUUGUCCACGCUUAGAUCUUAUUGAACAUUCUAUACUGGAAAGAUAGAACUGGACAACUCAAACUGUAUCGGGACAGCUCAAAAGUGCAACUUGCAUGACAGAGACUAUGAUUUGCACAUCAGACUGUGUCCAGUAGGGUAAACAACAAGGACCUUUAUCCACGGUCAUUAAUGACACACAGAGACCAUUCUCAUCUCCCAUAAUUCUGUGGCUUUAAUACCUUCUAAUGCCUUAAUGAGGAAUCGGAAUUUGAAUCCAAAACAUACAGACGAAUGGCACUCCUUAAAUAGCAUUAAAAACGAAGGGCGACCAAAGAGUCAGGAGCAGCCGAAAGGAGAGUCAAAGGAAGAACCAAAGGAAGAGUUAAAGGAAGAGUCAAAGGAAGAGUCAAAGAAGGAGUCAAAGGAAGAGCCAAAGAAGGAGACAAAGGAAGAGUCAAAGGAAAAACCAAAGGAAGAGUCAAAGGGAGAAUCAAAGGAAGAGUCAAAGAAAGAGUCAAAGGAAGAGCCAAAAGAAGAGCCAAAGGAAGAGUCGAAGGAAGGGCAGAAAGAACAGGAAAAUAAUUCAAAUAAACCCAAUCAAGACGUUGAAAAUUUUGAAUUGUCUAAAAUGGAGAAAAAGUCAUCAGGUUUGACCCCCUAUCUUGCGUUUUGUACGUUUGUGGCUGUAUUCGGUAAUUCCCUCCUCUAUGGGUAUAACAUUGGAGUGAUCAACACUCCAGCUGAGGUAAGACAGACUUUCAUGAUUCACCUAAAUUUGGAUUUUUUGUUUUUAUAUAUAUUUUGUCACUCUUCUUUAUCCAGAAAGAAAAGUAUGUUGUUAAUUACGGUAAUCAUGUUUCUGGCUGCCAUUACUGGUGGAAUCACGAAAGCUGUUAAGGCUCCAGAGUGUCUUAUGAUAUCCAGAAUGUUAGUUGGUCUUCACAGUGGUGUCAAUAUUGGUCUGGCAUCACUGUAUCUUGCUGAGAUUUCACCAAAAGAAAUCCGUGGUGCUGUUGGAACAUGUCACCAGUUGGCCAUCACUAUUGGCAUUUUGCUGGCCCAAAUUCUGGGUCUACAGGAGCUUAUGGGAACUCCCGACCUCUGGCCAAUGCUGUUUGCUUUUGUGGCAUUCCCCACUUUGGUCACUUUAGUUCUGAUGCCAUUCUGUCCCGAAAGUCCGCGCUAUUUGGCCGUCAAGAUGCAGAAAAUAGCAGAAGCUGAAGCAGCUCUUCGUAAACUGCGAGGUGUUUCCGAUGUUAGCGACGAGAUCGAAGAAAUGAGUUUGGAAGCUAGCAAAUCGGUUGAGAAACCUUUUAAGGUGAAAGAACUCUUGGUUUCACCAGUCCACCGAAUCCCCAUUUUGGUUGCUUGUUUGAUGAUGGUUUUUCAACAAUGGUCUGGGAUUAAUGCAGUAUUCGCAUACUCCCAGUUUAUCUUUACCCAAGCUCAGUUGGAUCAGAAAGCCAUUCCUUACGCUAUUGUCGGGACUGGAGUGACAAAUGUCUUUGCUACCAUCAUUGUGAUACCAUUGAUGGAGAAACUCGGCCGACGUCCCCUGUUGCUGUCUCCAACUGCUAUAAUGGCCCUAGCUAUGCUUAUACUUUCAAUAUUUCUGAAUAUACAAGAAAGUUAUGGUGAUGAAAAAGCUCCAAGCUGGAUGGGUUAUGUCAGUAUCAUCAUUAUGUUAGUCUAUAUCAUUGGCUUUGCUGUUGGCCUCGGUCCUAUCCCAUUCAAUCUUGUGUCUGAGUUGUUCACACAAGGACCUCGUGCUGCUGCAAUGUCCAUGUCAUUGGUGUUUAACUGGGUUACGAACUUCAUCCUCCUGCUGACUUUUCCUUUCUUACAGAUAGCUAUGGGUCCCUACACAUUCAUAUUGUUCAUUGCCAUCCUUAUUUUCGCUGUGUUCUUCAUCUUCUUCUUCGUCCCAGAGACGAAAGGUAAGACUUUUGAAGAAAUCCAGCACAUCCUGGCCGCAGGAAAAGUAUGGAAGAAGCAUCCACCUCUACUGGCAGAUGAAGUUCUUGGGGAGGACGUACCUAUGGACACAACCAAAGUAUAACACAGAGAAGAAAGAAGUGGAUGAUGAGGAGGAGGAGAAGGAUACACACAUCUCCACCAUCACACACGCACACACACACACACUCAAGUCUUUGUAUUUAUGUUCUGGAGGUUAUGAGGGGGUGCGCACAGAUAUAAUAACAGCAUCAACAAUAGCAGCAGAAGCUGAAAGGGUCAUU